GUAUUCCAAAGUUUACUCGCGGAUUGCUCAUCGAUGAUUAAAUCGCCAGUACUCAGUAAUUCACCAGGAUAAUAUUCUACCUUAAAAAGAUAACGCGGGCAAAUAAAUCUGAGGAUUACAAGCUGGUGGCUAGUGAUCUCGUCGUCUCGUUCUUUCGUCGUUGUUAGCGGCAACGGUUAUGCCGUUUAGCGAUCGAUUUCUCAUAUUUAAUCGCUUAAAAGCAUGUUUAAUUAAACAUCUAACCAAAGCCACGUGUUCCUCGUGUCCUGACAUUUUUUAUCUACAAGUCAGUCAGGUAUGCUGAUACAUUAUGGCAGCGGGACGAGAGAGGAAGACAGAGUUUGUAGAAGGAUGGUAUCUUGGGCACACUCUUGGGGAAGGAGCCUAUGGGGAAGUAAAAUUGGUAAUAAACAAAUCAACCGGUGAAGCAGUUGCUAUGAAGAUGAUAGACUUGAAGAAGCAUCCAGAUGCGAGGCAAAGUAUCCACAAAGAAACAACCGUGCACCGCAUGUUGUCAAACCCGCACAUAAUCCGUUACUUCGGGCAGCGCAGCGAGCCGAACAUGGAGUACAUAUUCCUGGAGUACGCCUCCGGCGGCGAAUUAUUCGACAGAAUAGAGCCGGACGUGGGUAUGCCGAUGGCAGAAGCCCAGAAGUACUUUCGCCAGCUGAUGACAGCCGUGGAGUACUUGCACUGUCGAGGAGUCGCGCACCGCGACCUCAAGCCCGAGAACUUGCUUCUGGACGAAAAAGACAACCUAAAAGUGACCGACUUUGGGAUGGCGACAGUCUACCGGCUGCAGGGUAAAGAGCGUUGCCUGGAAAAGCGCUGUGGGACGCUUCCCUAUGUAGCUCCGGAGGUUCUGGUCAAACCUUACCACGCUGAGCCGGCAGAUAUCUGGUCCUGCGGGAUCAUCCUCGUCGCUCUCCUCGCCGGUGAGCUGCCGUGGGAUGAGGCAGACGUGGACUGUCCGGAGUACAAAGCCUGGAGGGAGGCGCAGCACCUGGAGCUGACUCCUUGGAAGAAGAUUGACAACACUUCUUUGAGUUUAAUUCGUAAAAUUCUCACUCACUCUCCCUCUUCAAGGAUAAAAAUUCAAGAUAUUAAAUUGCACCGUUGGUACCUGAAUGACUUAGAUAAAGAAAUUUUAAACCGCGAAGCUGAAGCGGAAAGAAGAGCCAAAUUCAAACGUUACAGCGACGAAGAUUCUAAUCGUGUUUGUCUCUCCCAACCGGAGUUCCCAAGUGUGAAUUCUUCGGUCCGCAUAAACUUGGACGAGCGACCUGGGUUCUCGUUUUCACAGCCAGCUGCUUUAGAAGACUUGCUUUUGUCCACGCAACCGGUUCAAAAUACUCAAUCAACCCAAAACUCGUUCCAGAAGCUGGUCAGGCGUAUGACCAGGUUCUUUGUUAAGACUGAUUGUGAUGAUACCGUCACUCGGCUUGUUGAUGCCUUUAAAAAACAAAAUUAUACUUACCGCAUUCAUGAAGCCGGAAUUGUGACAAUUUCGACGGUAGAUAGAAGAAAAAUGCCGCUAGUUUUCAAGGCAAACAUCGUCGAAAUGGAUAAUCAAAUUUUAGUAGACUUCAGAUUGUCCAAAGGUGAUGGUUUGGAGUUUAAGCGUCGCUUCUUAUUAAUAAAAGAAGCCCUCGAAGAUGUUAUUGUUAAGGGACCAGUAACUUGGCCUCUGGCCGUAGCAACCCAGUCGAUGCCAUAAUUAAUAAAAAAAUCUCCAAAUUAAUUAAUUAAUUUAAUCCCAAGUGGGGAAAAAAAAAAAAAAAAUAAUAUUAAAAUUAAAAAAAUUUUUUCUACCGGUG